CCAGACAAUCAAAGGGAUUAAGAAAUUAUCAAAUGGUGCAGUUGUUAAGGGCAAUAUGGCAACAGAAGCCCUAGUAAAUGGACUGAGUCUCAUGAAAUUGGAGGAAGAAGCUGUCACUAAAUAUACGUCUCAGGUGAUACGUGGAAUAAAAACAAUAAAUCGUGCUAUAUCCAAAAGCAAUGUUAUGGUCUAUGAUCAUAUCGAUGGUGUUUCAUUAAGCUGGCUGGAAAAUAACAUUGCAUAUAUCAACAGAAAUUGCUCGAUCAAAGGGCCUUUAGUGUUUAAAAAUCAGUGCUUCAUCAACGGUUCUUUGAAUGUCAAUGGCCUGGUUAACCAAAUCAAUCUUGGUGCAGCAUUUGCUGAUGCUGUGACAUUAUUAGAAAACGAUGCAGUUGAGGGACAGAAGGAGUUUGACAUCGCAGUAGUUAAAAACAUGCACGUGGAACAGAAUGCUGAAAUCGAGGGACUCGUUAACAGUGUCAACAUAAGCUUUUUGUAUCAGGACGUACUGCAGACAGAUGGCAAUCAUGUUACUAAUGGGGUAAAGAAUUUCAAAAAAUCAGUUCAAUGUCUAAAUGAACUUCAACUGAUUGGCCUAGUAAAUGGAAUAGAUCUCGGUACUGAUGUCGUUUCCUCCCACAGAAAUCAAAAGAUAUUCGGAAUGAAAUCUUUUGACGAAGGUUUGAAUGCAAUCGGCAACAUAGCCGUCUCAGAAUUUUCAGAUGGGUAUGAUCUCUCAGAAAUAAGUGAAGACACAGCUCUGAAAGCCAACAUGGGAAUGCAACAUGUAACAGGAAUGAAGACAAUAAAGAAAGGAACAGUUUUCAUGCAAAGCAUGUUUGCAAGUGGGAAUGUAGAUGGUUUCAAUUUCUCUGCAAAUGAGCCUAUAACACUGUCUGCAGACCAGACUUUGUCAGAGCCUGUCGUUUUCAAAAACGCUCUCAAAGCUGAGUCUGGUAUCCGGGCGAAUAAUUCAAAUUUAGUAAAACGAUUAAAAAGUAUUGAAAGCAGAAGAGUUUUACUCAAUCAAGACCAAGAGAUCCAGGGUAACUAUCAGUUUGCGAAGAAUAUCCAGAUUCAGGAGACUUUCAAAGUGCAUGGGUUAACAAGUGGGGGAAACCUAACACUGCUAAAGGAUUCAGUCGAUGGACUUAGUGCUGCAGUGAGACAGGCAGAAUCAAUGCAAGGAAAUACUUGUAAGAUGCUGAAUUACAUGCAACGAGUAUUUGAGAGUGUGCCACUUCAAAUCGACUACUUUGAAGAUUACCAAAUUUUCGACAAACUUCAAACUAAAGAAAUGUACCCAUUUACAAUUGGUGAUGAUAGAUUUAUAGCAGUGGCUGUUGUUUGGAAUAAAACGGGAUGCACUACAGCAAAAAUAUUAAAGUUUGAUAUUACGCAUAACAAUUUUACAGAGCAUCAGAUACUGCCUAUAAAAGGUACUCAUAAAUUUACCUUUUUCGUUGAAUCUGGAGUGGAAUAUCUAGUAGCUGCAGCCGACGCGCGUCCUUGUAGUACAACAAGCACAAGUGUCCUCUACAAGCUAGAUAGAAACACAAAGAUGUUCAUAAGGCAACAAAUCCUAAGCAGUGAUAACAUUGUCGAUGUCUUGUCGUACAACGAUGGCGGGGGACAGAGAAUUGUGUUUGUAAUAUCAUCUCAAAGAGAGCAUUACGAGUUUAAUUUGCAGAUUUUAAAAAAGACAACCGAUGUAUUCAAAGCCGUUACAACACACAAUGUUGGUGAUUAUCGUAUGCGAUGCAUCGCAAGUCACAGAAUAGGAGAUGUACGUUUUCUAGCUGUAGCUUUGAGCCCACGCAUCGGCCUUCUUCCGGAGACUCAGUAUAUUUUCAAAAUAACAAACGAUGAUUUUUAUGUUCAUCAAUUGCUUAAUGAACAUAAUGUGCACAACAUUGCUUUUUUCAAUCACCUUUCAUCGACAUACUUAGUGAUGUCUCUCCAAAUCGGUAUAGGAGUCCCCACUGGAAAGAAAGGUUAUACUUCGCUGCUAACUCUUUCAUCUUCGAAGUACUUCCAUCAUUUGAUGUCUAUUCCAGUAGAAAAUCCGAUUCAAGUGAAAACUUUCAAUAUCAAAGGCCAGACAUUUAUCUUAGUUCUCCAUUUGCACGCUGGAUUCACGCUCUUCAGAUUCAGAACAAAUGCCGUUCUUGAAAAGUUACUGAAAGUCCCCCACAUUGGCCUAGAGCAAAUUUCUCGCUUCGAUAUCAAUGGCACCCAUUACCUUACCAUGGCAGCCAAUUGGCCUGAUAAGCUGACCACACAUCGUGUGCAGAGGAUACCGAAUUCUAAAAUACUCAAGCUCAUUACAUCAGGCAUUGAUCAACGCUACACUGCAGCAAAAAAAGAAGAUUGCUAAUCGACAAUUCAUUUUAGACACUUUAACAUUUUAUUUUUUAUCGUUUGAUUGUUCACUUUUAAAAUUUGAAAAAAAUUCCUGUUGUGAAUUCGUCAUUUUAUAAUGUUUAAAAUGAUUUUAUCGUUUGACAAUGUUUCUUACAAACCCUAAAAAUUUAAUUGUAAAUAAUUUCACAAUAAUUUCAAAUUGUUCGUGAAUUGAAUGUUUUAAUUGUUUUGAUAAUUUAUUUGUUUCAAGUGAAUAAAAAAGCGAAAUUAUU